AUGUCGUCUCCACUCCUCUGGGCGGUGCUCCUGCUAACCACCGCACUGAGCAGUGGUGGCUGGGCGGCGCCCACAGUCGUCCUCGGUGGUGCAGCGGCAGUGGGGCAAAAGCCAUCCCAGUCGCACCACCAUUACCACCAUGGUUAUCUGGAGAUCGGAGUGCAGGGCAACACGCCCACUUUGAUGGAGGCCAGCACCACCAGGGGCGCCAAGCAGGCACCACUGGGCACUAGCACCACCACCAGCACCACUAGCACCACCACCACCGAAAUGCCAAGAGCCACUGAUGAAAUUCAGGUGACCAAAACAGUGCCAACAGCUGAAGUAACAACUGCAGUCAGCACCACUGAGAACAGAACCACUCAAGGGAGCACCACUGAAAGUAGCAGCAUCACUGAGAAAUCAAAGGAAACCAGUGAAACACUAAGAAGAACCACUGAAAGUAGCACUACUAAAGGAAGCACCACUGAGGGAAGCACCACUCAGGGAAGCACCACUCAGGAAAGCACCACUGAAGGAAGCACCACUCAGAGAAGCACCACUGAAAGAAGCACCACUGAGAAAAAAACCACUAAAAGUAGCACCACCACUGAAACCCUCGCUUUAGUCAACAGCCCAACUGCACCACCGAACGCCGAAGAAUCGCAGGUGGUGCAGCUGCUGGACCUCGAGCACACGGUGGCUCCACCACUCGACAGCGGUCACGAUGGCCUCAAGCUGACCAAGAAGAAGCAGCUGCAGCAGCAGCACUUCCCCAGCACCACCACGGUGGUUAGCAGCACCCUUGAAACGGAAAUGGAAAGGAUACCCACCACCACCACCACUACCAGGGCUGCACCACCACCCACUCCCCUGCUGCCCGUUCACAAUGGCUACCUGGGACCGAUCUUCAUGGGCGAGAAGACCUUCAGUGUGGUGCAUCCGCUGAAGAAGCCGCAGCCGGCGAACCACCAGCAUGUGGCUUCUAUAGAGAGUCAAUUGCGCAAUGGCCGCCUGGUGGAGAUUCUGGCGCCCACGUCACUGCUCGAGGCCAGCACCACCCAGGCACCACCACGGGAAGUAGGACCCCCCUCCUCAGCGGUGCUCUCCACCACCGUGUUCCAGGUGCCCGAGCUGCAGACCAGCACCACCCGUCUGCCCACCAGCAAUAACCUGAUGGUCGGUGGUGCAGAGCGCACCGAAUCCAAGAUCUCCGACAUUCAGAUCGAGGUCUACGACUCCACGGUGGACUCCAUUGUGGCCUCGACGAAUUUCCGCGACAGCGAGGGCUUCUAUGCGCCUGCACCACCGCCACCACCACCGCCGGAAAUGGAAACCACCCGGCCGUCGCACGAGAUGAUGAUGUCGCUGCCCCAGGAGCGAUUCACCCAGUACGUGAUCGAUCGGGCGGAUGUGUCCACCCAGCCGGCAUCGGGUGGUGGUUCCGGUGGUGGUUCAUCGGGUGGUGCAACUCUGGGCAAACCCGAGCCGGCGGCCAUCGAGAUACACAUCAAUGUUUCCGAGGCCUUUGGCAGCGAGAGCGAGGAUCUGGAGUUCUCCUAUCGCCAGCCGGAGAAACAGAAGAACGGCGACGAGAUUCUGGUGGUGGAGAUCAUCGACAGUGGUGCGGACAACAGCAGCAGCUCCGAAUCUUCCGCUUCUUCCUCCUCCUCCUCCUCCUCCUCUUCGAGUGGCGAGCACAUCAAUCCGAUUUUCACAUUCCGCAACUCGGAUGCGGCGGCUGCACCACCGCCACCAGUGCGACCACCUCAAUCCGCCGUCCAGGAUGCCGACGAGCUCUUCAUGGCCGAUCUCAAGGACGGUGGUGGUGCAGUGCCACGCCCACCGCCGCCACCACCACCGCCGCCACCGCGAAAGCCGAGCAUCGAUCGCGAUUCGGAUACGAUCUUCUACAUCUCGAACACCGAGGUCAAGGUGGGUGAGUCGCUGCCCACGGCGGUGGUGCCGGUGGUGCAGGGCGAGCAGCAGCAGCAGCGCAAGUUCCUGCAGCUGGAGAACCAGUUCUUCCCCGCCAGCUACGUGAUGGAUCAGAAGCAGCCGCAGCAGCAGCAGGCGGAUGAGGACAUCAUCCUGUCGCCGCUGCACCACAAUGCCGAUGGUCUGAAGAUCUUCCGCAGCAGUUCCUCCUCCUCGGGCGACGGAGCACCACCUCUGGACGUGACCUAUGUGGGUGAGUCGGUGAUCGAGGUGGAGCAGCAGCAGCCGCAAAGCUGGAGCAGCACGAUGCAGCCACAUCAGCAGGACAUCAUCAUCCAGCCGGCGGUGCUGCCCGAUUUGGCCAUCGGAGUGCCGGUGAUCGGUGAGCUGCCGCCGCAGAUCGAGCUCAAGGAGAUCGACUACAUGCCCGGGGAACUCGGAAUGGGAAUGGGCAUCUACGAGAACGACAUCCAGAGCAACAGCAUCGACAGCGAGCCGGAUGUGAUCGAGAGCUCCAUUCAGUACGGCGGUGAUUUGAUUGACGAUGGAGCCGGCGGAGGUUUCGAUGGCGUCGAGGGCUCCUAUCCCUUCGAGAGUCCAGCGCAUCGACAGCUGCAGGUGGGCGGUGGGAACGGUGGUAUUCACGGAAUGAGCCGCCUGCCCCACCGCCAGGCGGCCAACCACUUGCACCGCGAACAGCUGCCCUCGGCGGAGAUGGUCAAUGCCACGCUGCUCCAGCGAUAUGAUAGUGGUUCUGGUUCAGGAUCGGGAUCCGGAUCGGGUUCGGGAUCGGGAGCUGCCUCGGCCAUGGCUCCCUUGCUGGCCAGCGGAGGUGGGAGGAGCGCCAAUGCCACCGCUCUCUCGGAGGAUCCUCUCGCCGACUAUGACGGAUUCUUCAAUCUAUUUGCCGUUUCCAUGGGUCUCAUCAUCGUCAUCCUGCCCUCUGCCCUGCUGGUGUCCAUGUACUGCGCUAUAAAGUAUGUGCUUGGCAAGAACACAGGAGCGGGCACGGGUGGCGCCCCAGGCGAUGACAGCGAACAGGGACAGGACUCCAAGCACGAGUCAGAAUCGUCGUCAUUCUCAUCAUCUGGCUCGGCAUUUGCAUUUGGCAGAGCCACCUUGCCACCGACAGAACCACACCCUCACCCACAGCCACACCACCACCCACCGCCCACAGCCACGCCCCCAAGUGGCGGCAGUCAAGGCCGUUUACUGAUGGCUGGUCUGGAAAGCCUCGCGUUUCGAUUCGAAACGAAAGGCGAGGUGGGUGAGAAAGGGGAGGUGGCUCAGGUGGGUGGUGGUGCCUCCUCCUUUGCUCCUCCCUGCGGCUCCGUCACCAAGAUGACGCUCAAAGAUAAUCAUCUGAUUGUUGUCACCGAGGAGCGGCACGACAUCUCGAGGAAUGCCCGCGAGACGAAAAUGCACACGGACAAGGAUGGCGUCUUUGUGGUGGAGGUGGCCCGCGGCAUUGACUCCAAACAACUUCCCGCAGGCGAUCAUACCGGCGUCAUCUUGGACUCCACCGAACUGCCCUUCGACAACGGAAAGUUGGCGCCCAACGGGGGGCAUUUGCUCGAUAAGAGCCUGCCGCCCAGCCACGAACAGGUGCAGAUCCAUGCGCCGCCCCAGGACUGCUGCCCCACCACCGCUGCCGCCGCCGCCGCUCCACUUCAUCUCAUCGAGGAGGCCGAGGAGCAGGUGGCCGACGAGCCGGUCGAGGAACCCUCCAAUCCCGCCCUCACCGGCCUCUCGCAAUCGGAUCUCAGCUCCACCUCGUCGAGCGACUCCAACAAGCGCUACUCGUACGGCAACCAGGAGCUCUAUGUCAUCGAGCAGCCGGGCUAUGCCACCAGUUCGCCCACAGCCAAGCCCAUAUUGAUAAGUCCGAAUGUGAAUCUAGAUCAGAACCUCAAGACGCAGUUGUCCAUUAGCCCGGAACAAACGGAGAUGGGAGAUUCGAGCCAGGGUUCCAAGAAGUCUGAUGAAGAGGCAUUGCCCGAGAAAGAAACCGAGGUUCUUCCGGAAAAGGAAAAAGAAGUAGAGGUACAGUCACCGCCAGAAAAGUUAGUUGCCCCGGAAAUUAUGACAGAGAUGCCAGUCAAAGAUGAGGAAGAAGUUCCCGCCAAAGAGGAAGUGCUGCCGCCAGCAGUCGAAGUCUCACCGCCAAAGGAAGAGCCGAAGGAUCCCAUAGAUACCCCCGAGGAACAAGCCGAAUCAAAACCAGACUCCGAACCGGAAAAGCCCAUUGAAUCCCAGCCAGAGACCGAGGCGGAGAGCAACUACGACAGCCUGAUGAGCCUGCCGGCGCCACCAUCCACGGAGGAGAUCAAGGAGCUGGGCGACUACACGCUCAUGGAGUCCAACCAGUUGGACAGCCUGCCGCCGCCACCACCGCCGCUCCUCGAGGCGCCCAGUGCGCCGGCGGCCAUUGUGGUUGGCAAGAUGGGCAGCACCACCACCACCACCACCGCCACGGGAACCACCACCACCACUGGGGGUGAGCCGGCCACCCUGACACCACCCGCCUCGCCGCCCGCCACCCCACCGCCCUCGCAGACAUCGACGCAGUUCGUCAGCAAUGGGCUAACCAAUGGCAUCCACGCUUUGGCCGCCGUCGAUGUGAAUGGCAGUUAAGAGAAGAAACAGUUACGGGAUGGUAAGAGAUUUUUUUUCAUCGGAUCUCAUAGAGAUCGUGGGGAGAUCGCGGAGAUCGUAGGGUUAAGGAUUACUAGGAGUACUGAUACCAGAAAACCCAAGAAAAAAAAUAACUGUGGCAAAAAACGUUCUCAAGCAAAACUUAAAUUUAAAUAUACACUAAAUAGAGAGAAACUUUUUCCACUUACUGUUUGUUGAUUUUCGAAUAUAACGAAUAACGAGUAAUAACAAUUAAAUGCGAUUAAUAUAAAUAUAUAAAUAUAAAUCAUAAUUAAUUGUUUGUCUAUUUGCGGCUGGCGGCCUCUCCCCCCACCAACCAUCCACCCACCACCCACUGUCCACCCACAGCCACCCACUUUGACCCACUUCCCUCUCCAUUUCGGGGGGAGGUGCGGCUAACGAGUAUUUCAAUGUCUAUAACUACAAUAAAGCUAGAGCAAAAAAAAUGAACGAGAAUAAAAUACAAAUACGAUAGAAUCUGCAUACAAAAAAUACAUAUAAUAUAAUGCAAGAAAUGCGAUACACGUGGGCAAACAAAAAAGAGAGAGUAACUACCGAUAUGUAACGAUGCAUAAUUAAUUAGGCUAAUUAUUUACACACACAACAGCGCCAAAAUUGAAAAACAGAGAGCAGAGAACAGCAACCGCAUAAAGGGCAUAAUUGUAGUGAAGUUAUUUGGGUUCGAUUGGCCAGUUCGUGGACAGCCAAUAGCAUCUAAGUGUGUCCUGUGUCCGGAGGAUCCCCGUCGAGGAUUAGUGUAUAGGGUUUUAAUUAGCAGCGAUCCGGAGGGAAGUCCGAGUUGGUUUCAAAGGCAUCAAUUGCUGUUAAGAGGGAUUGUGUUUAAGUGGAUUUCCGAUGAAAAUGAUUUAAUUAAUACUGGUAAAGUGCCAAAGAAAUGACUAAAUUUGAAAAUCACCAAAAAGGUGACUAAAAGUAUGCAGCAAUAUAUUUUCAGGCC